AGCGUUGCUAGUGUUAGUGCAGUGCUGCUAAACGGAAGACGUGUUUCACGAGCUCGGUGUUUUCGGUGUACAGAUCUUUACAGUUUCUACACCCUCUCUCGUGCUUGACAUACCCCACUUCCCCUAUAGGUUGUGUGCUGUGGUGUGACGGAUCUCCCGAAAUGAAUUGAUUGCCGCGAACCAGACGUAGUUCAGUGAUAAACCGGUAAAGAUGAUGGAAGUGGACCAACCUCUCAAGGAGAACGGUUUGCCGAAAAUGAGCCCAACUGUCGACAGUACGGAAAGCUCGGAAAGUGUCACCGACGAAGUCGUUCAGCAAAAUGGAACAACGAUGGUUAAUGAGGACAGCUUGCCAGACGUCACCAAGGUGGUGUCCUCGGUAGCAGCAGCAGCAGAUGAUGAUAGCAACGAAGCGAAAGGCCUGGAAGAUGACGACGCUAUGGAACGGCUAAUGUACAGCGAGCUGGACGAUGCCGACGAUGAAGACCUUCAACCCGAUUCGACGAAGAAAGAACCCGGUGUAGAAUCCGAGUUGGUGCAGAAUCUCUCCGACACGCUGAUCAAGGACAUCAUCCAGCUGAACAAGGAUUCGAAACGGGCCGAGUCGGAGAUCGACGUGGACCCAGAUCGGUUAGAAAGCGAGGAGAGUUCCGAUAUUUCCCCAUCGUCGGGUCAGUCAUCAAACCAGACGGCAGCCGAGCAGGCAGAUGCUGAAGACACCAACGGUGCUGUCAGUAUAACGGAAGACGAUACUUUAACCGAGGUAAAUGAAGAUCUCGCUACGGCUGCUGAUGCUGUGACAAAGGAAGUCGCAGAUACCGACGAGGAGAGUGAAAGUAUUCUCCUCCAGGAGGACAAUGUUGAGCUGGAGGAUGAUUUGGAAGUGGACGAAAGCUUGCUCCUGGACGAGGAUGUAGAUAUGGAGGAAGGAGAAUCGGCCAUUCAGAUCGAAGAUAGUGUAUUGGUUAGUUCGGGAGAUACUGUCGACGAUACCGACGGAACUGUCACGAUAGACGAGAGCGGAUUGAGUAUACUGAAUACUGCCGCGGUUGAUAUCGCAGAUAUGACGGUAGACGAGUCGGUGGACGCCAGCUUGGAACCGAAGGUGUCCGACUUAAUGGAAGCCAUGGUGAGCACUAACGCAGACAAUCUGAAUGCAGCUGAAGAGCAAAUAGGUAUACCGGAAGAGGAAGCUCCACUAUCACCUGACAUAAGUGAUCUGAUCAAGUUUCCGGACAUGGAGAAAAUCGUAUCUAAGUCUGAAUCGAAUGGUGAAGUAACCGAGCAGAAGGAUGUCGUUCCGGAAGUGUCUGAUUUUAUCAAGUUUCCCGAUGAUAGAACGGAAACGGAAAAGGCACGAUCUAGAUCUGCAUCGCCCGAAUUGUCAGACUUAAUAAAGUUUGAUAGUGUUGCUGAGGUCGUCGAAGAACAGAAGAAGGAGACAUCGGUCGAAGAAUCAACCGUUGAAUCUAGUGAAACUGUCCCGGAGGAAACAAAGCCGCAAGUGGAAUCUGCUAAGAAAAAUGAAAACCCGGUGGAGGCAAAAAUUCCGGCAGCACUACAACAAGAUAAGGUAGAUGCCGAAGAGAAGACGGAAGAUGGUGCACAGAAGAAGAAAACCGAAGAGAAAACAGAGGAUGGAGAGAAGAAGGGAACAGAUGAUGAUCCUGAAGCAGAGUCUGACGAAACUGAGACGGCUCAGCACACUUGUCGGCAGGCGUUGCAAGCUGCAGAUGAGGAAGACCUUCUGGAGAUGAUGGAGGAACCAGGACAAAUGGAGGGAGAUGAUGAACCGGAACCGGAAGAAGACCCGGACGAUAAUAGCAGCGAGUCCGGGAGUACCAAGCAAGUGGAAGGUGAUGAGGAAGAAGAGUUUGAGGGAUCGGACUACAUGGGAGCGGACGGAGAUGAGAGCAGUAGGAACGCGGAAGAUCAGGAGGAAACAGGGGGCGAAGAAAUUCAGGUUGAGGAAGAAGAGCUGGCUGACGGAGAACCACCUCUGAAGCGGAAAUGUUCGAUCGAUGUAAGAGAAGCUCAAGAGGAAGAGAGCGAGAAAAAAGAAGUUGAGGAAAAGAAGGUUGAAGAGAAGAUCGAAGAGAAUGUUGAAAAGGGGGUUGAAAAGGAGGUUGAAAAAGAGGUUGAAAAGGAGAUCGAAGAAAAAGUUGAAGAGAAGGUUAAAGAGAAAGACCUGACUAAAUCACCCAAAGUGGAUGAAGUAAGUGAGGAAAAGGCGGAAAGCGAGAAGAUAGUUGAAAGUGUCGGCGAAGAGAAGAGCAAAAUUGAGGUAGAGGAGAAGAAAAGUUCAGAAGUUGUCCCUUCGGUUACAGAAGUAGCCGAAAAGAAGGAUGAUAAAGUGGCAGAUGAAGAAAAAAAGGAUGAAAAUGUCGUGCAAACUGAAAAAGAGUCUGAGAAGAUGGAUAUUUCCCAAGAAGAGCCAGUCGAACUGGAAAAAGUCCAGGAAGAAACUUCUGCUGAAGUUGAAAAGACUGUAGAUGUGGAAAAAAAGAAUGUUGAAGCGGAAAAGAAGGUUGAAACGGAAGAAGAGUUAGAGAAAGGGGAAAGCAAAGUCUCCGAAAAACCUGAACCGAUAGCUGCAGAAAAAGAAGAAGAACUUGUAAAGGAUGAUGCCAAAAAAGACGACAAAGAGCCGGAGGAUAAAGUACAACCUGAAGAAGAGCAAUCUGUAGUAGCUGUUUCGGAAAUUAAGAAACCUGUUGAAGAUGAUAAGAAGCCAGAAGAGAAGGAUCAAAAAUUAUCGGAGGCUGCGCAAGACGAGGUGUUUUUAAUAGAUGACGACGACGACGAAAUCGCAGAAAAUAAGAAAGAAGAAGAAGACAAAGGCGAAAAGAAAGCUGAAAAGCGACCGUGUCCCGAUGAUGAUGUCGAGGAGAAGGUUGAUUCGGAAUCUGCCAAAAAGAUUCGGCUGUCGGUUGAACUGAAGGAGGAAGUGAAACUUGAGGAACCAAAAGAGGAACCAAUGGUGGAACCAAAAGAGGAACCCAAUACCGAAGUUGAGGAUGUCAAGAAGGAAGAAAAGAAGUCUGCUUUGGAGCUAAUAGAGCCGCUGAAAAUGACACUGGAACCGGAACCCGUAGCACCGAAGGAGAAGAAGGCUAUUCGGUUGGAGUUUUUGGAGAAAUUCAAGAAGCCAUUGGAGAGAAUGAAUCGAUCGAACUUGGAAGAAUUCGUGCUUCAGAAGAUUGUAGAAGGCAUAGCUUUCAAAUCGGCGAUUGCCGAGAUGCGAACUCAGCUGGAUGCUCAGGACACGCUUCUACAGGGAUACCGUCAAAAGGUGCACGAUUUGAACAAACAGUUUCGGGAUUUGGAAAUGGUUCACGAGCGUGUCGUGAAGGAUCUGGAAAAGAAGAACCAACAUUUCAUUACUCCGGUGAAGAUCACACGAGCAGUGGGACUUCAGGUCUCGCAGCCUCGAUUCGUGGCCGGUUGUCGACCCGCUGGGAACAGCACAACUCCUACCACGACCAGCCCUAAGGGUGCUGUUAUUCGGUCACCAGUUGCAACUCCUAUCGGAGGUUCUCCAAACAAGAAUUCUCCACAGAGCGUACAAAAUCGACGACCUACUUUCAGUCGAAUUGCUCCGGCAAAUAUGGCUCAAAAGCCAGCUGCUCAACAACCGACCGCUGCUCGACCGGGACCUCCAACUAUCAUCAAUAAGACUCUGAGCUCUCCACAAAAUAGCCUACUCAAUAAAUCGACCACGGUUCAAGGACAAAUCACACCGAUCAACAGCACCCAACAGGUACAAACAAUUUUAAGCGCAUCUCAAUCUCAACCGACGGUCGCAGGCACAGCUCCUUCAUUGACCAGGAAAAAGCCACUUCAGAAGUAUACUCCCAUGCGGCCACCGCUAUCCAUCACCCAGCAGGUACAGCAGCAACAGCAGACCCGUCAAAUGCAGGAACAGCUAAUGAGGCAGCAGAUUCAAGACGUUCAAACGAGUAACACCGGAGGACAAAGUCCGCUGGCGCAGUCACCUCAGGGAUCGCCAUUGACUCGAACUCCAGAACCCGCUUCGUCUCCCGUGGGAACUCCCGGUCCCGCCAGUCGCGUAUCGACGAUGGUAGUGAAGAAAGUUACACCUCAACCUCAAGCGAAACCCGCUUCAACGAACGUAAUCAUCAAUCGCCAGACCCCCUCGAUGGUAUCAUCCCCUGCGGCAGCUCAGGCGCGUUCAGCUCCGUCUACCCCAACGACUACUGCGGCACCUGCUGCCGUAGACAACUCGCUGAUCGAUCUUACCGAUGAAGAUGACGCACCGAAACCGGCAGCCACUUCGGCAGCACCACCAGCUGCAACUACGGUGGUACCCAAACCUCCGAUUACAAUACUGAACGGCCAACAGCAGCAGCACCACCAACAACAACAGCAGUUCACCACCCAACGGCAACCCGGAAUGCCACCGUUGGUUGUCAUCAAUCAGCAGCGAAUGAUGACUCGGCCAGCGCUUCAGCAGCGACCCGCCGGAAUGGUGAAUGGAACACCGCCGCGGCCUGUGCUAAUGCAGCGACCGACAAAUGCUACCAAUGGGUUCCCCCGGGCGCAGACCUAUCGAGCGCGGAUGAUCAACGGUCAGUUAGGCAACACCCGCAACAUGAUAACUCGUCCUCCAAUUCGCCAACAACCUGCCGCCAGUUUCACGCAUCCUGCCCCACUUCCCCAGCCCGGAAGCCAACUGCUGAAUCCCUCAUGGAAGCAAACUCCUCCGCGUCCGUCCAUCCGGAUCAAUAAUAUCGAAACCGGUAUCGUAAUUUCCUGGACCAUGGACGACCUAUCGGAAGCACAUGCGUCGAUCGUAAGCUACCAGAUAUACGCCUAUCAGGAGACGAAUGCACCGCCCUCGAUGGACAUGUGGCGGCACGUUGGUGACGUCAAGGCCAUGCUCUUGCCGAUGGCCGUCACGCUGACUCAGUUCCAGGAAGGCCAGCGCUAUCACUUUGCCGUGCGGGCCGUGGACGAACACCAACGGGUGGGACAGUUCAGUCCUCCACGGACCUGGAACGAAUCCACGCCGGCCAAGGCUUAAACUAUUAUAGUCUAGAAAGCACAAGUUUCUCUUUUAGUUGGAAGAUAGUGAUAGUUUUAAUAUUUAAACGAAAUUUUAGAGGGAUAAGAAAAAAAAACCAAUUCGUUUAGUUGUAAUAGAUACAUCAAUUAGGAAACCGUGUAUUAAUCUUCGAUGUAGAUUUUGUCUACUUCUAAAAAAAAAUUGGAAAUAAUUAAACAAAAAUAUUGGAAAUCAUUGAAACCGAACGUUUAAUUGGGUUCUUGUCAGCAGAAUGAUGUGAACAUAUGUGUUAUUUUAUGUUUGGUUUUCUUUUAUUUAAAAGCAAAAAGUUUUCU